AUGCCUCCUACACGUACCAUUCCUCCCGCUAAGGCCGUCAAGACCGAGCGUACUCACGAGGAGAACCAAGAGAGGUCAUACAUUGCAGCGUCUCGCAGGAGUGAUCGCAGUCUUGAGGCCAGAGUAGAGUCUGCUCGCAGAGCAUCAGAGAUCCACAAGCGUCGCACCGGUCGCUCACUUCGUGUCACCGAGCAAGAUGUUAUCAACGAGGAGAUGUAUGAAGAAGAGGACGACGACCUUCCACUCCAGUACCGACGCUUAACAGCACAUCUGCAGACGGGUUCCGCCGAUUUCAAUCGACGGCUCGCGGCCUAUCUGACCAACCAAGUUGCCAUGCGCAGUGCUAUGGAGCAGAUGGUUAAUAACCCGUACCCUUCACAGUACGGCAAUCCGCAAUAUCCUCAGACGCCACAGAACAUGUUUCAGUCACCCAUGCUGAACCACAACAUGGCGCAGUCGCCGGCGCAGUCUUACAGAGCCACGCCAUACCCUUCGCCUCAUCAGUCCAACUUUCGACAGCUUCAUUCCAGGGCUUACUCGAUGGCUGGUCCAACUCCCGCCGUAUCCAAUCCGCGGCAGUCUCUAGAGCAACGACGCCUAUCGACACCGAGCGUACCACAAGCUGGAGUCCCAACGCCCAUCAGUACUGAUCGUGGCGAGGCUGACUCCGACUACAUGAGACAAACCCAGUCGGCAGCGGCUACCCAUGGGCAGUUCCCACCACUGUGGCAAGACAUGGGUCCCUUCACAACCCAACUUCCUCGCGAGUCCCAGCAGAUGCUAGGCCCGGUGCUCGAUGCCAAUGACCCGUUCCAAGCCCAGCUCAUGGGCGGCUCCGAGGAUUUCACCAAUGUCUCCGGCUAUCCUUGGAGCGACAUGUCUCAAGGCAUUAAGGGUAUGCCUGUUCACCCAUCGGCUUGGCCGGGCAUGUCAGCUACCCUAGCCCCGUCUGCUCUGGACUCAACGCCUACGUCGGCGGGGAGCACACCCAGCACUGUCGCACCGACUGCCAACGAUUCUACUGCUCCUUCAAGUGGCCUUGACUUCAACUUCAGUCAGGAGUCGAAGGGCUUGAACAUGCAGAAGCUGGACGGCAACAGCGAUGCUCUGGACUCCGACCAAGCUACGCCCGGAGACGGGUUUUGGGACAACUUCGUCAAUGAUGCAAGCUGGGCGGACGACUCCAUUACCACUGCAUAA